AUGAAAACCGAGGCCACAAUAAAUGCAGAACAAGAAAAAUUAUUGGAAAACGCUACGCGAGUGGUCAAGGCCGAGUCGCUGGAAAUGAAGCGGUGUCUCGACAAGGGCGAAACGAUGGACGCACUAAAACAUGCUUCGCAGUUUCUCAACGAAUUGAAGACCAGUGAGCUGUCACCCAAGUUCUAUUACAGAUUAUAUAUGGAUGCCGUUAACGAGCUGCAACAUCUAGAAGCCUUUUUGGUUGAUGAGCAUGAGCGUGAUCAGAAGAAAAUAGAGAAUCUCUAUGAAUGUGUGCAAUAUGCCGCUGCAAUCGUUCCGCGAUUAUAUCUCUUAAUAACUAUUGGAGUAGUAUAUAUAAAAUGUGGCGAGGACACUCGUCGUAAUAUCCUCAGCGAUCUCGUCGAAAUGUGUCGUGGAGUGCAACAUCCGUUGAGGGGUUUAUUUCUGAGGAAUUAUUUGCUGCAAAGCACUCGAACCCUUCUUCCAGAUAACCCUGAUCUAACCACUACAGAUGUAAAUGACUUGCCUGAGUCGGAUAAGGAACCACGCGAAUGUGAUGGCACUGUAUCGGACGCUAUUCACUUUGUGCUAGUGAAUUUCGCCGAAAUGAACAAGUUGUGGGUUCGAAUGCAACAUCAAGGUCCGUCAAGAGAGCGAGAGAAACGGGAAAAGGACCGUAUGGAGUUGAGGUCAGUCUUCAUUGCAUUUUUUCGUUUUUCCUCGCUCUUUUUUGUAGGAGUUACUCGAAGUCACCAUAUUAACCGAGAAAAUUGA